UUUCGAAAGAGCGCUUGGUGUGCGAUAGUUGAAGGAGGAGACGACGACGUGUACGUGUGGACACAAAACAGCACCGAAAAUUCGACAUUUUUCGAGUAUUUUAUUUUUUUUUAUAUUUUGAGCCUUAAUAUUACACUUACUGAAGAAGAUGGCCGAAAGCGACUGGGACACGGUGACUGUUUUGAGGAAGAAAGGGCCGACCGGUGCUCAGGCCAAGUCCAAGCAGGCAAUCACCUCAGCUCAGAGACGAGGGGAGGACGUCGAGACCACCAAGAAAUGGGCCGCAGGGCAGAACAAGCAACACAUGGUCAGCAAGAACACAGCCAAGCUGGACCGCGAGACUGAGGAGCUGCACCACGACCGGGUCUCCUUAGAGGUGGGCAAGGUCAUCCAGAAGGGUCGCCAGGAAAAAGGAUUCACCCAGAAGGACCUCGCCACAAAAAUCAACGAGAAGCCGCAAGUCAUCGCUGACUACGAGAGCGGGAAAGCCAUCCCCAGCAACCAGGUCAUGGGCAAGAUCGAGAGAGCCAUCGGCAUAAAGCUGCGUGGGAAGGACAUUGGUCAACCCCUGGAGCAAAAGACCAAGAAAAAAUGAAGACAAAGCCUCGAAGUCAGCCCAGCCCCUCCACCUUCCAAUCCUCACCUCCUUCGCCACCUUCUCCCUCCUCCCCGGGCUGACGAGUCCAGCGUUCUCACCGGAGGACCCGGCUGGACGCCGCAUUGCAGGCUGCACACGGACAAGACAAAACCAGUUGAGACGAGCGGCUGUUGCUUAUGGGUUCUUUUGCUUCCACCCUCUCCGGUUUGACGGUGAUGACAAUGCUCUUUUGUCGCCAUCCUUGGAGCGAGCAUGCUAACUGCCAAAAAUGCUCGACCGUUGCGUUCUUUGUUGUUUUUUUUUUCCACUCACUUAGCGACAGUUUACGUGGAUGUCAUUAACAGUUGAAGCCUUUCUGAUGCUUUGCUUUUUCUUUGCAAAAUAAAGUUUGACAACACUC